AUGAUACAGAAAUUUUUCAUCCUUUUCGCGGCAAGCAUCUAUGGAUUCUUCCUGAAAAAAUGUGUAAAGAGCAACGCCAUAAUACCAAGGGAGCACAUAUGUGAUUUUACAUUUAAUCCACAUAGUAGCAUCAAACCGGUGUUGGCAGACGGACCAAAUGGACAGGAGGAUAAGGACGUUUGGUGCGUUGUGCACAAUCCACAUCUAACGGAUUACAUAGCAAUGGUAUGUCCAAAAAGGGAAAAGGAAGUUGAAAGUGGAAACUACGGCGAGUUGAAUAUCGUGCCCGCGAACUGCUUUACGGAACAUUUGUACUCCCCUUACGAUACAGAAGAGAAGGGAAAGGAUAUGCAAAUCCUGGGAUUAGAUCCUCAAACACUAUCCAUACAAAGAACGUUUAACAAUUUUGAGUUGAGGAUGUUAAUCAUCCCGGGGUAUUAUAAAAAUAACAAAACCAUAUAUUGUAGAUGUGAUAACACGAAAACGGAAAAAAAAAGAAGUGGUGGUCAGGGAGUUCAUGAUCAUCGAGAAGUGGAUUAUGUGGGCAAAGUGGGAAUAGUGAAAAUUGUCUUAAAUGAAGGGGGAAAAAAAAACAAGAGACCACCGAAAGGAAUCGAUUUUACUGAAACGAAUGAAUUCGAAGAAACAGACGAUUUUAUACCAAAUGGAAAUGAUAGAAUUUUGGAUGCCAAGGAAAAUGAUAUAAUUCAUUUUAAAUUUAAACCGAAUCAAGAACCUAAAAUAGAGGGAUGUGAGAAUAUUAUUAACAUGAAGUAUGGAUUUCUACAGAAGUAUGUGUUAAGUCUCCGAUUUCCUGCGGUGUUCCUAUCCACAGAACAAUGUUCUAUUACUAUUAAGAGGGUUACGGAAGCGCCACCAACCGGACAGACGAUGAAGAUUGUCAUGAAGUUUCAAAAGACAGAGAGCAUAGAUGGAUGUGAUUUUACCAAACCGACUGGAGAAGGAGAUUAUCAACAUGGAUUUCCCUUAGGAGAUAUUCAAUCCAAGGAAAAAAUAUGUUCUAUACAUAUCAAAUCCAGAAGCAACAGCAGUAACGGGGGCAAGGGGGAGGGUAGCAAAAUUGCUGCAGGGAUAAAGUGCCCUUAUAAAUUAACCCCGACUUAUUGCUUUAGACAUGUUCUACAUGAAAAGAACAUGAAAGGCGUGAAAGAUUAUCAACCAUUUUUGAUGACUGAUGUAUUAGGAACAACCGAUAUGGAGUUUUACAGCAAUGUAAAAGAAGGAUCUUAUAUCAUUGGACUGCCAACAGGGAUACAGAAAUAUUCGGUGGUGCGAUGUCUUUGUGAGUAUAGUGGAAAGACAGGAAUUAUGGAACUUAAAAUAGAUUCUUCCUCCAGAUGGACAUUCCUAAGCCGAACAUUAAUGCUACUUUCCCUCCUCAUGGUUCUUCUAUAA